AUGGCGGAUGUUGUUGAUUUGCGGCAGGGUCAGUGAUAAUCGGAGUUCACCUUUUCACUGAUUUACUGCAAGACAUUAUACAGAAAUAAUAUAAGACAAGUCAUAAUCGUUGUAUGCUGAGCUGCAAUGAAAGGCAAAGAAAGGUCACCGAUUAAAAAGCGUUCUCGGGCUUUGGAUGAUAACCGAGACAGGGGAGGAGGCCACCCGCCCAGCAAGAAAAUGAGGGCUAUCUCGGUUUCCAGUGGGAGUAAUAAUGGAAAUAGCUCGACUAAAAGUGACGGAGGAUCUACGAGAAGGAGUUUGUUGGGUGACAAGAGAGGCCGCGAUUUUGAUGGACAUGUAUCGAGUCGAACCGGUGGGAGUAACCAUAGCUAUCCCGUUGCUGCUGCAACCUCUACCGGUAAGAACCACAACCUGGGUUUGACACUCGAUUUAGCCGCGGCAAGGACUAAUGCUCGCUGCGAGCGUGUUCCGCCUCCACCUAACAACAACGAGAGUGAGUACAAAACGCUCAAAAUCAGUGAACUGGGCACCCAGUUGAGCGAUGAAGACAUAGAAGAUGGACUUUUCCACGAAUUCAAAAAAUUCGGGGACGUGAGUGUCAAAAUAAGCCGCAGCAACGACGAGAGAAUUGCGUUUGUCAACUUCAGAAAGCCCGAGGAUGCCAGAGCUGCUAAACACGCACGGGGCAAGUUAGUACUUUAUGACCGACCUCUGAAAAUCGACGCAGUGUACAUAAACAGGAGGAGAAGCCGUUCUCCAGUUGAGCGAGUUGACAGAGACCCAUAUGUUGGAGCCCCAGGCCACAGACACUUACACACCCAGAGACCCCUCUCCCCAUCUGUGCUUGGAUACAGAGACUACAGACUCCAGCAGCUGGCCCUUGGGCGCCUCCCUCCUCCCCCACCCCCUCCUUUGCCCAGAGACCUAGAGCGGGAGAGGGAGUUUGCCCUGUUUGAAGCCAGGGUGCGCCCAGGUCCAGCUUUCAUUGCAGAGAGAGCUUCUGCUUUCCGAGAUGAGGAUUUUAUCUCCCCAGAGGAUGACCAAAGAGCUAACAGAACGCUGUUUCUGGGCAACUUGGACAUCACUGUCACAGAGACGGACCUGAGGAGGGCGUUUGACAGGUUUGGGUUGAUAACAGAGGUGGAUAUUAAGCCCACACGGGGACAGACCAGCACAUACGGGUUUCUGAAGUUUGAGAACCUAGACAUGGCCCAUCGCGCCAAACUCACCAUGUCUGGGAAGAUAGUGGGCCGUAACCCCAUAAAGAUUGGCUAUGGUAAGGCCACCCCCACCACACGCCUAUGGGUGGGUGGGCUCGGACCCUGGGUCCCCCUAGCAGCAUUGGCCAGAGAGUUUGACCGCUUUGGUACAAUAAGGACCAUUGACUACAGAAAGGGGGACACCUGGGCUUACAUACAGUACGAGAGCCUUGACGCUGCUCAGGCUGCGUGCACUCACAUGCGUGGCUUCCCUCUGGGGGGGCCCGAGAGGAGACUCAGGGUGGACUUUGCAGACACAGAGCACCACUACCAGCAGCAGUUCCUUCAGCCUCUUCCUCUACCCUCCUUCGACAUGGUGGCAGAGGCUUUCAUCCACCGCGCCAUAGCUGAGCCCCCGAGGGACAGGGAAAGGACUCCACCGCUGCUCCACUUCAGAGAGAGAGAACUGGGUUUCCCCGGGGUCGAGUGGCCCCCCAUCCCGGGUAUGCGUGAGCGGGUACGGCCCGGGAGCUUUGAGCCGCUGGAGCGGGACCGGCGGCCGGGAGGGAGGGAGCCCUGGUCUCUGGAGCGAGAGCUGGCGGGGCGCGGCUGCGACCCAAGACGGAAACGACACCUUAUGGAUGACGGUCGCCAUCUUGACGUCUCUCCUGACAGCACUGACCGCACGGCACGCCGACACCGAGGGGGUCCAACCCCAGAUGGUAGCCCCAACGGGGGCCGCUUCAGUGACUCAGAGCGUACCCCUCGUGGCGGCGACGACAGACCCUCCCCUGGACGAGACCGUCGCCUCAGUCUGGAGCAUCCUGGCGGGGGGGACAGGAGACUAAAGAGCCAGGGGAGUCUUGCCGAAAGAGGGGCCUCCAGCAGUGGCCUCUCAUCCUCAGCAGGGGAGCGGAAACGUAAAGCCGGCGACAGCAGCAGCAAAGGACCCGGAGCUAAGAGGGAUCGUUCCUCAGACCAGGGCGGCUCUAAAGGCAGUCAGUCAUCCAAGCUGAGCCUGGCCUGGCACGGCAUGCUCCUCCUGAAGAACAGCAACUUCCCCGCCAACAUGCAUCUCCUGGAGGGUCACCAGGGCGUGGCCAAGGACCUCCUCGUCGACGGCCCCACUGGGAGACAGGUUGGGGAGCUCAAGAUCACCCAGCGUCUCCGCCUCGACCAGCCCAAGCUGGACGAGGUCUCCAGGCGCAUCAAAGCGGCCGGCCCCGGCGGCUACGCCGUCCUCCUGGCGGUUCCCGGUUCCGGCGGCGAGGAGGUGUCGUCGACGGACCCUGCAGCUUCAACACAGCGUCCUCUCCGCAAUCUGGUGUCCUACCUGAAACAGAAGCAGGCAGCCGGAGUCAUCAGCCUGCCCGUUGGAGGCAGCCGGGAUAAGGACCACCAGGGUGUUCUCCAUGCGUUCCCUCCCUGUGAGUUCUCACAGCAGUUCAUUGAUGCCUCGGCUAAAGCUCUGGCCAAAACCGACGAGGACUAUCUGGUGAUGGUCGUGGUGCGAGGUCCAUCAUAACUACAAUCAGAUAGAGGAAGCAAAACAUCAAUGAUAUUGUAAAAAAGAAAAAAAAAACUACUAUUGCAUGCUGUGUGUUGCGUUCUGCCUCAUGGGGUGCUACUAGAGAGUAGGGUUAUGGGGAGGAUAGGCUAUGGCACUAUUUUUCUCACCAAAAUAAGUAUAAAAUGUCCCCCUGAAAGUCAACAAAUGUGUAAUUUUUGAACCCUGUUUUAUAAAGGGUGUGAUCAUUUCUAGCCAGUAUAUGCAGAAACAAUUCUGCUGGAAUAUUAUAAAAGGGGGACAUUCUAUGAAUUAAAGGAAAAAUCUACUGUAAUUUAAACUGAGGUAUAAUGGCCCCUUUUUUGUUUUCAUUUAGGAAAACUUGAACCAACCGCUGUUUGUAAAAGUUGAAACUUCUCUCUAAGAUUUGCUAUGCUGUUAGUGUUUGGUUGUAUUAUGUAUACGUUAUACUACUUUAUGCUUAUUACAAUCAGUUGGCGUCAUUUAAAGUUAAUUAUAUAUUUUUAGCAAAACAGUCACCUCAAAACCUUUUGUUCACUAACCAUUUCUUUAUUCUAAAUGUCACAUUUUGAGAAAGAUACCAUCAGGCCCUGUUUUGACUGGUGUGGUGAGGCUAAAAAUCAUUCCGUUUGGAUUUCUCAUAAAAAAAAUGUUUGGGGACAUUAAUGUUGGGAUAUGUCCUUACUGGCUUUCUCUAAUAGAUGAACAUGUUCUAAACCUAGAAAUCUGAAUGUACCUAUAUGCACGGUAGGCUAUCUGGUGUUCGGUUACACCUGGUGUUUUACCCUGUCUAACUGGUUCGGUUACACCUGGUGUUUUACCCUGUCUAACUGGUUCGGUUACACCUGGUGUUUUACCCUGUGUAACUGGUUCGGUUACACCUGGUGUUUUACCCUGUCUAACUGGUUCGGUUACACCUGGUGUUUUACCCUGUGUAACUGGUUUGGUUACACCUGGUGUUUUACCCUGUCUAACUGGUUCGGUUACACCUGGUGUUUUACCCUGUGUAACUGGUGUUCGGUUACACCUGGUAUUUUACCCUGUCUAACCGGUUCGGUUACACCUGGUGUUUUACCCUGUCUAACCGGUUCGGUUACACCUGGUGUUUUACCCUGUCUAGCUGGUUCGGUUACACCUGGUGUUUCCUGUGUGUUCAUGGAAUGGUUAAUGGAACACUACAAAGUGGAUUGUGACAAAAAUGUGUAAAGGAGGUUGAAACACCUAUACAUGGGUUUUAGUUGCUGAGGGUAAAUUCUUAACUUGGCUGUGGUGUAGCUUUAAAUACAGUGUGUUCAACCGGUUUUCAGAUGUGUUUUAAUGUUUAAGCAACUCUCCAGUAAUAUUUGGACAUAUUGAGAGGCUGAAUGAGGAAUUUAGAAGUGAUUUUUGCCCAGCUAAUAUAGAUGGGUCCACCAAUGCAAUGACCUGACAAACAUAUAGCCUACUAAGAGAGAUGCUAAGGGUAGAUUUUAUUGUGUACGUUGUCUUUAGCACCACUUGACCCUUGGUAGUACGUCGUGACCUAUAACCUUUGACCUAUAAUGUGUGAUAAGAUUACACUAGAGAAAAAAACAGACUUUUAUUUGUUGGUCCGGUUUUAUUCAAUCAAUAUGCUUUGUCGCCAAGUUUGUCUGAAUAUGACAAUAUUUUAAUGCUAUUUGCUAACAAAUUAUAUACAGUAAACCUAAUAAUCAAUAAGUAAAAAGGUAUUCAAUAUAUAAACGGAUCAUUUAGUUUUUUUUGGGGGGGGGGGGAUUGUACGUUUUAUAAGUUGUAGUGCUAUUAUUUUGUAGGAUUAUUUUUUUGAAUCACAGUUUUCCCCUUUGUCAGCCAACAGUUAUAUUUUUAAGACCUAUAUUUAUAGCCUACUGUUGGUACCAUUAUAUGACUAUAUGAAGUUUUAAGAUGAGGUUGGUUUAGUUUUAUCUGUUGACAAAAUUGUCUGAGAAAAAAAAACAUGUAUUUGUCUUCCAAGUUCACUGCCUCAACUGUGGACUUUUUUAUGGCUUUAAAACCUUUACAGGAAACUCUGAAGAGAAGGAAACUACUUAGUAUUUGUUACAUUUUCACUGAGAAGGCAGCUUUUAAGUUGUGGUGUCAUUUUGUGUUGUUUAAAGUGGAAUAAUAGGA